GGUGGUGCUGGGCGCCGGGGCGGCGAGGAUGGGUGCUCUGCACUGGGUCAUAGCCUGUGCGCUCUGCACCAUCACCCGGGGACAGGACCCUGGGCUCUCCCGCUCACCCCCUCACUUCGGCUCCAUCUACCAUGUCCAAGGUGUCAUCAGCCUGCCCUAUGCUGAGAUUGAGGAGCCCUUCGAAGCCUGGUACAACCUGACAGGGAACAAGAGCCGCAUCCAGUACUAUGGGGGGCAGGUGAUAACGUACCAGCUGGCAGCUGUGAAGCCCUAUGGGAUGCGGUACAAGAUCACCCCAGAGACCACCGAGAAGGAGGUGAACACCAAGAAAUGCUUCCAGUUGCCUGGCUCCAAGGAGGACGUGGUCAAGGCUCAGAGCGUCUUCCCCACCAUGGAUGGCUUCAAGCCCCUCUCCAGGUUUCCAGCACUGGAGCUGCCUCACCCUGCUUCCCACCCCGUGUUCAGCUGUUUGCCAAUGGCUGGAGCCAAGAGCCUGGCGAGGGCACAGGAGCUGAUGCUGUGUCCCCUCCAGUUCCUGCGGGAGGAGUACUACCGGGGCCGGUACUGUGCCGUGUGGCAGAACAUCACCCACUGGGCACAGAAGAAGAACGUCUACACACUGUGGGUGACCAACUCCAGCUGUGGGGUGGCCCCCGUGCACUACGAGAUGCGGGGCUACAACAGCCUGCUGGGCUCCCACUAUGACAAGUAUGAGAUUGCCUACACUGAAUUUGACAACAGCUUCCCACCUUCCAUCUUUGACCUCCCCAUCAAUGAGACGAAGAAGUGCGGGGUCCUGCCGGGGAGCGCAGCGGAGCACCGUGUGCUGGCCAACCCCAUGGAGGACCUGGUGGGACGGCACCAACCCUGGGCCCAUGAGGUGUUCCACCACUACCGCCGGCAGCACGGCCGGAGCUAUGGCUCCGUGCGGGAGCUGGAGCACCGGCAGAGCAUCUUCGUACACAACAUGAGGUUCGUGCACUCCAGGAACCGCGCCGCGCUCUCCUACACGCUGGCCCUGAACCACUUGGCCGACCGCAUGCCCCAGGAGCUGGCUGCACUGCGGGGCCGGCGCCGCAGCCGGGCCCCCAACACCGGGCAGCGCUUCCCCACCGAGCUCUACACCGGCCUCAUCCUGCCCGAGAGCCUCGACUGGCGCAUGUAUGGUGCUGUGACCCCCGUCAAGGACCAGGCCGUCUGCGGCUCCUGCUGGAGCUUUGCCACCACCGGUGCCAUGGAGGGUGCCCUAUUCCUCAAGACCGGUGUGCUGACCCCCCUGUCCCAACAAGUCCUCAUCGACUGCUCCUGGGGCUUCGGGAACUACGCCUGUGAUGGGGGUGAGGAGUGGAGAGCCUAUGAGUGGAUCAAGAAACAUGGCGGCAUCGCCAGCACUGAGUCCUAUGGCACCUACAAGGGGCAGAACGGUUUGUGCCACUACAACCAGUCUGAGAUGCUGGGCAAGAUCACAGGCUACGUCAACGUCACCUCGGGCAACAUCACAGCAGUGAAAGCUGCCAUCUACAAGCACGGCCCUGUGGCCGUCAGCAUCGAUGCCUCGCACAAGUCCUUCUCCUUCUACUCCAACGGCAUCUACUACGAGCCCAAGUGUGCGAACGAGACAGGAGAGCUGGACCAUGCAGUGCUGGCCGUGGGCUAUGGGGUCCUGCAGGGAGAGACCUACUGGCUCAUCAAGAACUCCUGGUCCACCUACUGGGGCAACGAUGGCUACAUCCUCAUGGCCAUGAAGGACAACAACUGUGGUGUGGCCACUGAGGCCACCUACCCCAUCCUGGCCUGAGCCACCCUAUGGGCUGCAGGAAGAGCCCUCGGUGAUGCUCUUGGCACCCAUCCCUGGACGAGCAUCCUUGAUCACCCAUCCCUGGAUCAGCAUGUCCCAGUCAGCCCUUGGGUGCGAGCCCAUCACGCAGCAGGAAGCUGUGGGACAUGGUGGGACAGGGCCAUGGGGUGCUGGACAAGGGGACCCUGCUGUGGACUUGCCAAUAAAGCCCCUGGAAGAACA